AAUAUCCGAAACGGGAAUUUUGUUGGUAGUUUCAGAAGGGAAUCUUUUCCGUCUAAAUCAGAUCAGAUAAUCUUGUAAUUGAUAACAUUUAAUUAUUUUAUUAUUUUCAUGCAUUUGAUUCAGAUGUGAAAAUCCGAUUAUUUGGUAUGACAUGCUAUGCUUUUGUUUAAGAAAACCUGAGUUCGUCAUUACCGUUGGUAUGUGUCAUCUUGACGUACUGGUUGCUUGUAAAGGUAAGAGUGAAAUAUUUUUAUUAUUUCAACUGACUCUAACCCUAUUUAGUUGAAGGAGGCAAAUUAAUUUGAAUAUUUUUAAACAAAACACGUCAAAGAUAUAUGCCAAAUAACAGAUCUUUGAAAACUAGAGUUUCAAUAUAAAAUGCUAACGUCAGCAAAAUUUAUUGAAUAUGGUCACAGAUUUUAUCGAUCUGUGGACGUAGGAAAUUAUUCUUCAAGUAACUCCACUCUGCUCCUCCAUUUCUCCCUCCCCCUCCCCUUUCACGCAGAACUUCAACAGGUUGGCAAAUACUUUUAUUUCUGUAUUCUAUAAACUUUUGUUGUUUUUUUAGGAAUCACACCAAACAAAUUCGAAGCUAUUACAGAGUAAUAACCAUACUGAAAAUAUAAUUCUUAAACAACUGGAUCGAAAUAUGACAAAGAGACUUGGUGGUGUUACAAAAAAGUCAAAUAAAAACGGUAAAAUAAAGGGAAAUAAAAAGAUGGAGAUGAAGAAGAGAGAUGACAGUCACCGGAAAGAACGUAUGCGCGAUAACAGCUAUCAGAUGGCAAAUUUACCUACUAUAUUUAAUAUAAAAAAGAAAAGUCUCAUUAAAAAAAAGAAGCCAGAGAUUAAAAAUGAAAACCCGAAGCGAAAGGCAGUUUUUAAAACUAAAGGUGAAAAAGAGCAAGGCAGCAGAGGAUAUAAGAAUGAUUUCCAAAGAGCAAUAUUACCUACUAUAAGUUCAAGGAGAAAGGAACCAUGCAAGAAUGAUUGCCAAAAAGCAAAAUUAACUGUUCUGAGUCCAGGUGAAAAAAACGGAUAUAAGAAUGAUUGUCAAAACGCAAUAUUAACUGCUAUUAGUCAAAGUAAAAAAGAUGAAAUAUAUCAGAAGGUAGAGAAUACUACACAAGAAAAGUAUGUAAAGAGAAGAAAAAAAAGAAUGAAAAGCACAAGUUAUUUUAAAUCGAAAAAACUAUUGAACAAACACAAAAAAUGGUAAUAAUAAUUGUAAAGACAGUAUCUGAAAGAUAGACCAGUAGAGAAAAAUCGGUAGAUAGCCUAGUUAACUAUGCUUUCUUCGAGGAUAUCAAAUUCAGUUUCUCUCAAGCAAAUGCCCAGACGCAAACAAAUGUCAGAGCAAAUCACGAAAAUUCAAUUCCACCACAAAACACCCCAAAACUACAAUCAUUCAAUCAGCACCAAGUCGGCGUGGUCACGUCUUACCCUCUUAAAUAAUUCAAAAAUUAUCUAUAUUUGUUCAGGUCAGCGAGGCCUUUAGCGCUCAAAGGAAAAGAUUCCCGAUAGUGACCACGUUAGCAAAGAACAAUAGAACUGACCAAUCAAAAAGUAGAAUAAAAGUAGAAUACUGACCACAGAAAAAUCGUUUGAAAACCAGCCUAUUAUUUCCCACCUUAGUAACUUCCCACCUUCGUGGUUGUAAGAAAAAUUUAGCUAGGAGACCCACUCCUAGCUAAAUUGGUACAGUUCAAUGAAGGAACAUUUAGGAAAUGUGUAAUUUAUUUAUCUAAUUGAGCAUGUCUUGUCUAUAAUAAUUUUAUGUAUUUAUUUAAGAAGGCUGAUACUUUCAGUAUAUUUUAUUUUUCACUCAAAAAUUUUUAUUUAUAAGAAA